UCGCGGGCUUCCGUCAGGCGGCGCAGUAGUCUGAUUUAUCGGCGCAGUCGGCGCACUCAAGCCAAUCAAGCUGUGAGUCGGGAAGAACUCCAACGUCGAAGAACCAAAGCUUCCUGAAAACCGAGAUUCGGGUGGCAUGUCCACAACCAACCUCCUCGAACAGGGCACGUCCUACUUGAUAGUGGACUGUCAGGGCGUGAUAGGAGAUGCGCGGGCUACCCAUGUGUCUUCCUGUCCCAAACCGACGGCAGUACAGGAAAGCGCCGCCGGCGUAGCGUCUACCAGCAGCUGGACGGAGGCCGUGUCAACCUACAAGUUUUCCCAAGAAUCAACAAGGAGAUUCAUUAUAAAGCGGCAUGAACUGCAACAUCUUUUUACCGGGAAGAGAAACACUGGAAAGUAUGGUUAUCAGCGCAUCAUCACAGAGCUGGGUCUUUACGGUGCUACAGUUGAGCAGUGCCGGAAAAAGUGGCUCAACCUGCUCAAGAAAUACAAGGAGCUGAAGACUCCACCAAAUGGCACAAAUCCAGAGAACGAAGAGUUGACAUGGCCGUACUACUCCCUGCUGGACGCCAUAAUGAGUGGCAGGGCCGUCAACAGUCCCCCCUGCCUCGUGGCCUCAGCUUCAGCGGGGACGGGAGAGCAGAUCCUCGAAGGGGACGACGGGGCCACCUCUUCGCCAUCCUGUUCAAGAAUUCUGACAAUCGAUGGAAGCAAUUGUGUGGCAUCUACAUCAAGCUCUACAGAGUCUGGUUCUACAUUUAAGUUUACCGAGGAUGUGACCAGGAAGUUUAUUUUGAAACGGCACGAAUUGCAGCACCUUUUCACUGGCAAGAGGAACACCGGAAAGUAUGGGUACCAGCGCAUCAUCAGAGAGCUUGGCUUGCAUGGAGCCACAAUCGAGCAAUGCCGCAAAAAGUGGCUUAAUCUUCUAAAGAAGUAUAAGGAACUGAGAACGACAAACACUGAAGAUGAGGUGCUGACAUGGCCUUACUACUCGUUACUAGACUCGGUGUUGAGCGGCACUGCAAUUAACCUCCCAUAUCUUGUUGCCGUGGCGACAGGAGGGGCAGAAGAGUGCAGUGAAAGACUCAAUGAGGACGUGACCCUUCAAGAAGACCAACUCCAGGAGGAAGAGGAAGAACCCGUUCGCCCUCCCCCUAAACGGAGACGCUCCGACGACCUGACAGAGCGCCUGCUGCACAACAUGGAACGCCAGACAGAGCUCAUGGAGCAGAUAUUCCAAUUCUUUAAAGCUCGUGCUAGUCAGAGCUAGUUUUCAUCGCGCAACCUCGGGGAACAGACCUUCUGCUAAAUUAGGCAAGCACUAAGGAACAUAUGCUGCGAGCAUAGCUACACACACUGCACGUGCCAGCAUCCGCGUCAUUAAUGGAUCUAAAACGAAAGUAAAACAAUGGCAUCUUGCAUGUCCAUUCAUUGAUGCUUGAUUUUGGUUAUUUACUUUUAAUGUUUUGUACAGGGGAGGUGGCUGCGUGCACCUACAUUCCCAGCAUUCUCCUUGAUGCUUGGGUAAUUUAGCAAUAGGUCUAGUGUAAAGAUGCAAACUGCAAUGAGAUCUUUCCAUUUUGUUUGCCUCCGACUUCUCAUUAAAAAACACAACGAAUUA